AUGGUUUGCCUUUGGGGUUGUCUUCCCAGUAUGUUGUUGAUCUCCUUCCUGGCUCUUUGUAACGGUAGUGGCGGAGAAAGCGGUGGAUUUGUUUCAAGAUGUUAUGAAAGAGUUUUCAAAAUGUUCGCAUCGAAACCGUACAGGACACCGAGCGGCAAAGAACUCCCUUGUAAAGAUAUGAUACCGGUCCGGUCGUGCUGGGGUCGAUGCGACUCUAGCGAGAUUCCUGACUACCGGAUUCCAUACAAGAUCAGUAACCAUUCCGUGUGUACGUAUGGAGGUCUUAGGGAGCGAACUUUGACCCUUACACAUUGCCAUCCUCUUCAUCCUGACCCUACCUACACUGUGUAUGAUGCCACUCAUUGUAUUUGUGGAUCAUGUGACUCAGAGUUCACGAGUUGUGAAAAUUUGAACGGUUAA